UCUGCUCUUGUUUCGUGAAGAAAUCUUGAAAACAGAAAAACAUCUGUGAGCAGAAAAUAUGGCUGUUGACCAAGCAACGGUGUAUUUAGUUAUGAUGGCGAUUGUAGGCAUAAUCAUGUUACUUGCCUCGAUAUUCUGCAAAGAUAACAGUAAAGGAAAGCGUGGAGAGAGAGAUGGAGGGAGACAGCCAGCAGCCAGGGCUAGAGAUGAGAAUCUCCCUGCGGGGGUCAGAAGGAGGGGGAGAAGAAACAGAAUGGCCAAUCGAGGGGACGAGUCUGAUGAGGAUGAUUUGCCCAACGACCCUGAUGAAUUUAAUCCAUUUGAGGAUUUUGAGGGAGAAGAGAAGAAGAUCGGAAAGAAGAAGAUGUUGAAGCUGCAGGCCAAGGAGGAGAGAAAACAGCAGCGAUUG